CGAACAUUCUUGUGACCGCUAGCAUCUCAUCGGUAUGGACCGCCUGCACUUGGCACUGCGUGCCCCGGCCAGGUGCGGGUCAGCCGAGGUCGGCCGUGUUUGUUCUGGAAGCGCAUCAUGUACACAGAAGCCAUGUCGUCCUUGACCCAAAGCUCAAAGUGGCAGCAGGCGUUGGCAGUGUUUCAACUCUCCGAAGAGCGCUUCGGGCGGCACCUGCACAGCACCACCGCGGCUUUGGGUGUGCUGCGGAAAGCGCCUCGCCAUCGGUGGCCCUGGGCAGCGCAGCUGCUGCAGCGCUUGCACGACGGGCGGAUUCCGCUGGACGUGGUUUGCUUCAGCAGCUUGGCCUCGAGCUGUGAAGAAAGCACCCUGUGGCGAAAGACCUUGCAGAUCUUGGAGGACAUGCAGAGCCAUCGCAUCAGCCCCAACAGUGUCGCCCUGACCGCCUGCCUCCGGGCACUGGGGCGUGCAGGGCAGUGGCGGAAAAGCAAAGAACUGGUGGAGUGGAGCAGAAGGUGUGGUUUGGCCUUGGAUGCCUUAGCCUACGUAGCCUUAAGCUUCGCGCAUGAGCAAAGUUCACGCUGGCAGCUGGCCUUGGCCUUGCCGAUGCACUGUCAGCUUGGUGCCAGUGGCUUUGGUGUCGCCUUGGCCGCAUGCGAGAAGGCACAGCUCUGGACGCAAGCGUUGCACCUUCAGAACCAGCUGCAAGAACGAUCCGUCGACUUGAAUCUGCUGAUGCUGAACAGCCUUCUGAGCACCUUCUCGCAAGCCAUGAAAUGGACUCUUGCGCUCCAGCUGCUUCAAGGAGGCCCCGAUGCAGUCGGCCUCUCUGCGGUGUUGGCCAGUUGCGAAGAGGGAGGUGCUCCGGCACUGCCCGCGCAUCAACUCCUCGCAGCCACGCGCUUGUCAUCAAGGCCGCCCCACAAGCGCCCCGCAGAGCGCCAGUGGGGCGCUGAGCUGAUGCGGAUCCAGGAGCUUCAAAACAGGGGCUACGAUCCCAAGGCUGCUGCCUUCAAGCGCCACGCCUUGGCUCCGGCCAUCCGGCGGCUCGGGAGGCCGACUGGUGGCCAGCAUGUGGAGACGAACCUGCUGGACUUUGGGCUCUUCACCCGUGAAGCCCUUGGGACGCUCCUGGCCGAUGUGCCCAAAACGACUGGCCAAUGGGCCCGCCCGGCACCUGAGAGCAGUUCCUGCGUGCUGGGUGGUUUGCCACAAAGGCCAAAACGCCGAAUGAUGGCUGCAGAGGUGCAUGUCUUGCUCUUCAGAGAAGAUGUGACACUGCUGCAGGAGAGAAUUCAGCUCGUGGACGCCUGAGGGCCGAGACCAGUUUCCGACGAACCGGAAGACAGCUGGAG